CAAGGGAAGAAGAGGAAAAUGACACCUGACGAAAGCUCACCCUCCUCAUCAAUCAUUCAGAACUUACUCGUAAAGCGUCAUUCAGACAAGGCAAAAGUUCCAACGCGCGUGGCUCUCCAGCACGGCAUUCAAGCUUGAUAUUGACUUAGUCUGGCACGUCUCAGCGCUGAAGCCAAGACCAUACCCCCAUGAAAAGGGCCUUGUCAAUACUCAAAUCUCAAUUGCGGUCCCACCUGGGCACUAUGACCGCGUUGCACUUAGAAGCGGUUUGGCUUCGAAAUUCAUGAUUGACACCGGCGCUGGGGUGGUUGACGCUGAUUACCGGAUUGUUUUUGUUCUGCUCGUCAACCUCUCCGAUCAGCCUUUCGAAGUGGCAGAAGGAGACAGAAUAGCACAACUCGUUCUCGAGAAAAUUCACACUCCAGAGAUCAUUGAAGUUGAGAAUCUAGAAGAAACUGUGCGAGGAGCUGGUGGUUGGGGCUCUACUGGCGGACACAGUGCCCUAUGAUAUCAAUAGAGGAUGUUGACUUCUGGGUGUUCACGGCUUUUUAUAGAAGGAUGCGGCAUGACUCUACCCUACAGGGUAGUAUUUGGAGGUGUGGGUGCAUGCCAGUUACGGUACGAAGGAACCCUAUGUAUAAUAAUGAUAAGAAUCAACACGGUUAACGCAUGC